ACACGUCAGGACAUAAAAUCCCUGUGCUUAAGUCUAAGAAGGCAUGUGGCAUGAGAGUGAGCAGAGAGAAAAACCAAAAYGUCUUGUUCUUCGGCAAAUAUGACGGCUGCUACACCCGUGUAGAGGGCAGCAGAGUGGUCAUCCCUUUGCUGGUUCAACUGACCACCGGAGAGGACCGGUGGUUCAGAGUAAACAUCAGCUGUCCUCUGAUUAAAAGAAGCAAUCAGAAGAGUAAGCCAACACCAUUCCCUGGAGACUGUGAUGCUGACAAAUCUCUGCGGAUAGAGUGUGGCCACCAUAGCAUUUCCAGUGACACCUGCAACAAGCUGGGCUGCUGCUACGACCCUCAUGCUUCAACCUGCUAUUAUAGACUCAAUGCCUGCUCUCUGGAUGGACAUUUUGUGUUCACUGUGAAGGCGACAGACACACACCCACCCAUCGAUCCUCGCAGCCUUCUCAUCAAAGAUCAGCCUGACUGUUUCCCUGCAGCCUCAACCUCAGACACAGCUGUCUUCAAAAUAGGAGUCAUGGACUGUGGGGCAAAGAUGAAGACUGAUGGAGACCUGGUGACCUAUGAGGUAGAAGUGGAAGAGCAGAGCACGGAGACUAAAAACAGACAUUCACCAUUCAGUCUCCAGGUUCAGUGUGAAUACGAGGAAUCUGAUCUUAAGCUCGCAAAAUCCUUGAGGUCACUGUACACAGUCACCAAUCCUCCAUCUGUGGUUGCUCAGGGAACAAUGAAGGUGCAGAUGAGAAUAGCCACAGAUGACUCAUUUUCGUCUUUUAUUCCCGAGGACAAGCUGCCCCUGAUCCUACCUCUGCGUGAAACUGUGAACGUGGAAGUUUCUAUUGCAGAGCCCUCCCCAGAUCCCAGCCUUUCCCUGCGUGUACGAGACUGCUUUGCCUACCCCAUGUCUAAGCACUCAGUGUGGACGCUUCUCCACGAUGGAUGUCCCAAUCCUCAAGAUAACAUGAAAAGCUCUGUUCCAAUGAGCAGCCAGGGGAACACCACCACCCACUCUCAGUUCAGGAGGUUCGAUGUGAAGACAUUUGCCUUUUUGGACCCAGAAACAGGUGAUCCGAGCAUGGAAGAAAUGUAUUUUUACUGCUGGGUGGAAAUCUGCAUGAAUGAUAUUGACUGUGCACAGAGCUGCACCAUUAUAUCAACAGAAGACGAGAGACAGAGAAGAGAGGUYCUUCCUUCUGCRUCCCACCACCUCCAACUGGUCUCCUUAGGACCACUUAGACUGGUCCAAAAUAAGACUGAACUGGCUGAUCGUUCAUCCGAGGAACAGAAAACAAUGUUUCAGGUGAUGUUGUAUGUUUUCUCUGGAGUCGGGGCUGUCCUGAUGUUCGUCCUGCUGCUCCUUUUACCAUCGGGCAUCAGGAGGUGUCGAAGGACAGAAGAGCAGCAAGUGUCCGAUGCACAAGUUCAAAGUGAAGUGGCGAAUUAAUUAAAAUCAAUUCAUCAUAAAGCUUUGUUUGUACAGACCAUUAUUGUAUGAAAGCCUUGGUUAGAUCAUUUAUUAAAGCCUAAAACUAAUAACGCA